UCCUCCCUUUUAAUCCCCACUUCAGCUCCUGGGUUCACACAUUUCUUCCGAUAUUUUAUUUAAAGCGAGGUAACAAACCCCGGUGGCCGUAGCGGCGGUCAGUCAGACGGCGGGGCAUCUCCCACCGGGAAUGAGGGAAGGCAGCUCAGACAAAAGGCCGGCGCUACCUGCGGGCCAGGGAGGCGGCCGCCGCCCCAGGGGGAUCCCUACACCGUCGGUACCUGAUUUGGGGGAUGCGACCUGCCGGAGAGGGGGUCACUCGGGUACAGGGAUAUUAUAGAGUGAAAUUGGUGGAAAUGCUGAGCUGCGGAGAAAUCCGGUGAUCGGCUCCCGCCUCCCUAUUGGCCAGGCCGGUCACAUGCCCGCCUAACUUUAUUCAGUUGACAGCAAGUAGGAGGGCUCUAUGGCAGGGGGAAAAAAAGACAACACGAGAAAAAUUAGUAUUUUCUACCUUCAGAAAUUAAUGGCCAUGAGUUCGUAUAUGGUGAACUCUAAGUAUGUGGAUCCAAAAUUUCCUCCUUGCGAGGAAUAUUUGCAGAAUAGCUACCUAGGCGAGCAGGGGGUCGAGUACUACAGUGCCUCGCAAGGCUCUGAUUUCCAGCACCAGGGACUCUACCCACGGUCAAACUACAGCGAGCAGCCCUUUAGCUGUAGCAAUGCCCAAGGCUCUGCCGUGCAGACGCGGGGUCACGGACAGGAGCAAUCCGGCCCAGCGAGCCACUUCCCCGGCCAAGCAGAGCAUUGUCCACCGCCUCCAAUGUCCAACUCGCGAGCCUGCAGCCAGCAGCCGGCCCUCAAACCCCCAAACGGGUCAGCACUUAAGCAGCCAGCAGUAGUUUAUCCCUGGAUGAAGAAAGUCCAUGUUAACUCGGUGAAUCCCAAUUACAACGGAGGGGAACCUAAACGCUCCCGCACAGCUUACACCAGACAGCAAGUCCUAGAACUGGAAAAAGAAUUUCAUUUUAACAGGUACCUGACCAGGCGCCGCCGUAUCGAGAUAGCCCACACUUUGUGUCUCUCUGAGCGCCAGAUCAAGAUCUGGUUUCAGAACAGAAGAAUGAAGUGGAAAAAAGAUCACAAACUGCCCAACACGAAGGGCAGGUCUUCUUCCUCUGGUUCAAACCCCCAUUUACAGACUGGUUCCAAAGACCAUCAAACUGACUUGACAACUUUGUAGAAGAGGUGAAAUUUUCCAUUUCAUCCUUCGCUUCUGACCAGUACUGUACAUAACUGACACAGCCCAAGCAGAACCUGCAUGUAGCAGCUAAGAAGUCGAGAAACUGUCAUCUUUCUUUAAGGUACUGUUGUACAAAGGAGACAAAAUCACGCUACUUUGGACUUUAUUUGCCUCUGCUAGCACAACCUAAAAAAAAAAAAAGGGGAAAAAAAAAAAAGGAAAAAAACCAACAACCCAAACAUCAUGCAGGCAGUGGGAAUUGGGAAAAUAUUAAACGAGACCUGUCCAUAAAAAGUAAUAAAUCAUUGAAAAUGAAACUGUCCUGUGUUUCAGUUUUGAAUUCGAAAGUGAAGGUUUGAUGCUUUAUUUUGGGAUUUUUGUUUUUAAUUGUCUUUUUCAGAAGGAUGCAUUUGGGAAAGUUGAGGACAGGAAAUUCAUAGCAUAGUCUUUUAUUUGAACAUAAAGACUAGUAAUUGUGAACUUUUUUGUGCUGCUUUACUUUUCUUGGUGUAAUUAAAAUACUUGCUCUUGUUAUGUUUCCAUAACAUUUCAGAAGGUGUGCAUAGGAAUUAAGUGAAAACGGGUUAUUUUAUGUACUGAUAGUGUUAGCGUAUUUAUUUAUUUGUUAUGUCGACGAGUGAAGAUAAAAACAAAAAUAGUCAAACCAAAAACGAGGAAGGGGAACUGAAAUACAGUAUUUCUCCUGCUUAGUCACAUGAA